AAUCCCACGUUUGUAAGUGUAUGCGUGUGUGUGCCGUCGUCGCGGCUGCGCCGUGUGUAGGAAUAACUCGAAGAGAGUUUAGAAGCAUUGAAGCAGUUCGCUGCCAGGUAUUGAGCAACGGAAGAUGAUGGAAGAAAGUGGCAUAGAGACGACUCCUCCUAGCACUCCUCCACCUCCUACAAGUGUUGCAGCAUCCGUGAACUCUGUUCCUGUUCCUUUAGUUAUGUCCAGUCCAAUUUCCAGUCCUUUGUCUCUUCCGAACACAUCAGCCAUCUCUUCCUUUCCACAGCAAGGGUUUUCUACCCCACUGGCUCCUACUUCUACUUCAGUCCCUCCCAUAAGGUCUUCUGCCCCUCCUCCUUUCAGCAGUCCUGUAGGCUCUGCAAUAUCUUCCCCCCUUCCACCUACCCCGCUUAAUAUUCCAGUUGCAAAUGUCCCAUUUAGUAAUUCAGUUGCUGGAUAUCCUGCUCCUUCUGCCCCAAUGCCAGGCCCUGUGAUUUCUGCUCCUCCCAACAGUCCCCCCACAUCUGGUUUCCUGAUGAAUGCCCAAUAUGACAUUACACGUGGACAUGCAGGAAGAUCUCCUCAGACGCCUUUGAUUCCAAGUUUUUCUUCUCCACAGCCAGUAGCAGCCAUGAUGUCAAAUCCUAUGGUUCAACAACCAACUACAUCAGCUGGUGUUGGAGUUGGAUCAGCUAUCACUUUUCCAGAUGCUGUGGAAGAUCCUGGAGUUUCAAUGCACAAUGAAACCAAUGCAGGAGGGAUUUGGGGCUUUAUAAAGGGUGUAGCUGGAAACCCAGUGGUGAAAUCUGUCCUUGAUAAAACAAAACAUUCAGUGGAGUCGAUGAUUACAACACUAGACCCUGGAAUGGCCCCUUACAUCAAGUCUAGUGGUGACAUGGACAUCAUUGUUACUUCAGAUAAGGAAGUUAAGGUUGCUGCAGUUCGAGAUGCUUUCCAAGAAGUGUUUGGUUUGGCUGUGGUAACUGGGGAGUCUGGUCAGUCAAACAUUGCUCCUCAGCCCGUGGGUUAUGCAGCAGGACUUAAAGGUGCACAAGAGAGAAUAGAUAUUCUUAGACGGUCUGGUGUUCUUCAUGAAAAGCAAGUGGCAAUUUCUGUAGAAAAUUUUAUUGUGGAACUGUUUCCAGAUAAGUGGUUUGAUAUAGGCUGUUUAAUUCUUGAAGACCCAGCACAUGGCAUUCAUAUUGAAAACUUCACACAAGCUACCCCUGUGCCUUUAGAAUUUGUACAACAGGCACAAAGUCUCACACCUCCUGACUACAACUUACGUUGGUCUGGACUUAUGAUCACAGUUGGUGAAGUGCUCGAGAGAAACAUACCUCAUGUCAGCAGGACUGACUGGCAUAUCAUGUUUACUGGUGUGUCCCGAAGACAAAUGAUACAUAGUGCCGCCAAAGCUUUAGCAGGAAUGUACAAAUUACGCCUUCCUCCAAGGACAGUGUAAAUAGUUUAUGAUAAACCUUUUUUGUAAAUCACUUCAACUUUUCAGACAUUUGUGCUGAGACUUUUGAGUCAAAACUGUACUCUAAGCAUCAUUCAAACCUACAGCUCAUAUGCUUGCACAGGAAGAUGUGUAAGUAUUUAAAAAAAACAACAAAAUAUUUUACAAAUAUACUAAUUUACUAUAUGUUUAAGGUAACAUGCUUUCAUUUAAUUUUUUUUUUUUGUUGUUGUUUUUGGUAGGAUUUAGACAUUGACAAUCACUUGCACAGUAAAAUGUCUGUUCCAUUCUUGAUAAUAGUUCAAGAGAAGCAGCAUGCAGGCAUGAUUUUUGUAUUGCCAAAUAAAGGGAACUGAAAUUCA